GGCUGUGGAUGAACAGGAAGGGAAAUGAAUUAAGAAAAUGUUCCGUUCCAAAGAUUUCCGCAUUUUCAGCAUAAUGAAUUGAAAUGCAUGGAAAUACAAGCUUAGAUUUGCCCGUACAGCUGCAGUCGAUUUUUUUUAUUUAAAUUGCACUGUGCAGUCGAGGCUGGAACCGGCUGAUGCAGGUUGAACGCGUUUCUCCAAGCCGUUUUCUAUCAGUAUGUCUCUAGCACAGAGGGUACUGCUCACCUGGGUCUUCACCUUGCUCUUUCUCAUCAUACUGGUGCUGAAGCUGGACGAGAAGAUCCGCUGCAGCUGGUUCCUCGUCUUCCUCCCCGUGUGGGUUUUCGAUGCCAUUCUUCUGCUUAUGCUUGCUGUAAAGAUGGCAGGGUACUGUAAAGCGGGCCACGAUCCACGCGAUGGCGCUCAGGACUUACGCAGGAGGACCUGGUAUGUGAUGGCCAUGUUGCUGAAGCUGGCCUUCUGCCUGACACUGUGUGCACGGCUGGAGCAGCUCGCGGAAAUCAAGCUGUCACUGGUCUGCAUCCCACUCUGGGCGCUGCUCCUGGGAGCCUUGGCCGAGCUGGGGUAUAAUAUUUUUCCAGACCGUCAAAACUGAGGCACUGUCAACGGCAAGAGCAAGAACAUCUUGGCUUCCACAAGAGCCUGACUUUUCAUUUAAGAACCAAUGCUCCCAUCUCCAGGCGCAGCAGGUUGAAGCAGGUCCUGCUCUCUGGUGGGUCUGGGGUUCAAGUCCCGCUUGGGGUGCCUUGC